AUGAUUAAUGCAGCUAGUGUUGGAGUUGGGAUAUACGGAAAAGAAGGAAGUCAAGCAGCACGUUCUGCUGAUUAUUCAAUUUAUAGAUUUAAACAUUUAGGGAAGUUAAUUCUUUAUCAUGGAAGAAUGUCGUUAUAUAGAAAUACGUCAUUAAUCAAAUUAAUCUUCUUUAAAAAUGCCGCUUUCUUUUUACACCUUUUAUGGUUUGCAUGUAUUUGUAUGUUUACUUCACAAAGAUUAUAUGAUGAUUAUAUGAUGGCAUUGUAUAAUUUCAUAUUUACUUCUAUUCCUCCAGUAUUUAUUUCUUUCUUUGAUUCUGAUUUGUCAUGGAAAGAAAUUAAAGAAAAUCCACAAGUGAACAGAGAAUUAAUUCGAACUAAAAGAGGUAAUUUAUUAUCUUAUAUUGGAUGGUUUAUAUAUGGAACAUACCAAUCAAUGGUUUAUUUCUAUUUAAUGAUUAUAUUUACUUCUAAUGAUGUUAUGACAUUAAAUGGAAAAACUUCAGGAAUGGUUGGAGCAAGUGCUAUUGUAACAACUUACACAACAUUAGGUGUUAUUGCCACAUUUGCUACUACUGUUAAAAGAUGGAAUGGAUUAAUCAUUUUUGGAUUUUGUGUUUCAAUUGGAUCUUUCUUCUUCACUUAUUUCUUCUUAGCUUCAUUCAAUGGGGCAACUCGAGAAAAUAUGAGUUAUUUCUCAUUAUGGAGGGCAUUACAAAUGCCAUACUUCUAUUUAUACAGCUUAUUGGCUAUUAUUCUCGCUAUCACUCCAAAUAUUCUUAAAUCCUUCUUAAGCAGAUAUAUUAAUCCUCAAAAUUAUGAACUUAUUCAAGUCUUUUCUAAAACAAAAGAUGAUAAACUUAAGAAAGAAACAAAAGAACAAGGAAGUGGAUAUACAGUGUUUCAUGAUAAAUAA